UGAUUCAUCGCCAUCACACCAUGCUCAUCGGCAGCACUCUAUCGUCAUCAACCAAUGGCAGCAUGACCUGAGAUGUCUUCCCCUCAUUCAUAAAUGGCGCGCUGUUGCCCCUCAUUCCUCUUUUCCAUUUUAACCCAUUGUUUUCAUUUCAACUCUCGCACCACACUCUUCCACGCACCCUCCUGCCAAUUGUCAGCAACCUCAUAUACCAUGUCGUCCUCAUCUUCACGUUCGUCUCGACGCGCUACCCGCUCCACAUCAUCACCGUUUGACUCGCCCGCACUCGUGCCCAUCGGGCUAUCAACGCCGAAGCCCACAGAUGCGUCGUCAAGUCGUUCCGACCGCGUCGUGUCGAUCAGCAAUGCCGUGGAGGUAUGCGAGCUGGAGAGCGCCACUGAUCACACUCCCGAUGGCAGCCCCUCCCAACGUCGAUCCAAUUGUUGCAUCGGAUCGCGUGGAACAGCCUCUGGACGUGGCGACCUCGAAGGUGAUCAAAGCAGACGCGACCUCGUCUCCCUCCGUCGAACCAGUGGCCCCUGCGUCGAUCCUCAAGCAGCCUAUGGAGGAUUUUUACCAAACACCGGAUGCUGCGACCAAAAAGCGACGCCGUGCCACCGUGACUGACCUCGUGGAGGAAAUGAUGGAGCAGAUCAAGGCCGUCAGGCGUAUGGAAGGGAACCCAGACGGAGCGAAAUUAGCGUUCCGCAUAGCCCGAUUGGCUGGCAACGAGCUGGAAGACAUGCAUCGCACAUGGGAGAUGGAGGCAUAUUACGAGGCAUACAAGAACUUCUUGGAACAGCGCCCUCCGAGAUUGCCUUAUCGUGAUCGUUAGAUGAAAGGGUCGGGAAAGUCGAAGGCAAACCGAGAGUAACCACAUGAGGAGUUUAUACUCGCUUGGCUAGCUACAGAUAGCCGGGGUGUAUCUAAGAGGUACGGGGGAUCAAGAAAGGUGCGGUGUAGUGAAUGAGAAUCAUUCGCAAAGUUGAUAUUAGAUCACGGGGAAGAGCACCACCCCAGAAUAAAAGAAUAAACGGUC